AAGUAUGACGGAUGAUAUCAAAUGUCUCACGGACUCCCGCAUGAGAGCAAUGGAGAUCAUAAAGCAAAAAAUGGUUGAGAUGAAAAACCAAAAUGAGAAACUAAGUAAUGAAAAUGCCGAGCUGACAGACCGAAGUCAGACACUUGGUAAGAGCUAUGAGGAGCUCAUAAUCGAAAACGAAAACCUCUCCAAGCAGCUCAAGGACCUAACAGAAACCAGCCAAAACACGGAGGACGAGUUGACUGCCCGAGUCAACAUACUGAAGGAGGAUCUGCACGAAGCGGAUAAAAGGGCGGAUAAUUCGGAGCGGCAGGUGGUGUAUUUGUUAAAGAGAGUUCAGCAACAGGAAGAUCUUGUUGCAGCCUACAUGGACGACUACAAGGGCACCGGCCAGUUCAUCGACGAUUCCAUGAACGAACUAAUUGAUAUUUGAGUGAUCUCACAAAAACGUCAUGUGACGUCAUCAUAUCACGUGUUUCAAGGGUGCUGUAAAUAUGCUAAGUUUUAGGUUCAUUACCGACGUUAGAGAAGAGCUAUUGCUACCAAUAUUUCUUGAUUAAUAGGAAUUAUUAAUAAGAAUUAUAAUUGUUUUUAUCCAUAGGAAGCGUUUUGAUCACAUUAACAAUCUUUUAGCUAGUGUACUGACAAAUCAUUAAUUGUUGUUUAAAAUCUAUCCUAACAAUCAACCGUAGAUUAAACCACAUUAUUAUUUUAGUCGUAUUUUAUUCAGAAUUUAAUAAAUUAUAAGCAGAUUUUUACUUUCAGUUUUCGAAAUCGAAGUAAUAAUUAAAUGCUUCGUGAUCGCUGUUAAAUUAUGCAUUGUAUCAGUUAAAAUUGUGAUUAUAUGUUUAUUAAUUUUACAUUU